AAACAUUUGAAACAGUAUAUUUUUGUGUAGAAACAGAGUGAAUUAACAGCGUGGAAUAUUUCAUGUAUACAAGGUAAAAGAGUGUUUACACAAAGGCCAACGAUACCAAUGAUUUCUGUUCUUUAAAUAAAUAGGUUUAUUGUGUGAUCGACUGAAACAAUGCAGCAGAGAAGGAACAGGAGAGGUAAUGAAAUGGAAUUACAACCACUACUUGAGCAUGUACCUCAAAGUGAAGCCAUAUUCAGGGAAGCAGAGUUUUCCUCCAAAGUGACACACUCAGGAAACUUCGGAGAAGACUGUAGAUUAGUACUUCUGGGCGGUGAUGACUUUGCAAAGCAUGAGGCGUGCAGGUUCAUACUUAGAAAUGGACAGACCCAACAAACAUCUGAUGUGGAAUGGUGGGAGGUGAAGGAGAACUAUGUCCAGAGAAGACAUGUCACUGUGGCAAUUAGUCCUUCUUCGUGGUUGGAAAGCUUGAGAUUAUCUUUCUUUUUGUCCUGGGGCAUAAAAAAAACAAAAAAUGACAUAAAGAAGUGUGUAUCAGUGGUGUUUCCAGGACCUCAUGCAUUUCUUGUUGUAAUUAGAGAUGGACGUGACACUGGUAAAGAGCACUACCUUACAAAAGCAGUUGCUUCAGUGUUCGGGAAAGAGGCCUUAGACUACAGUAUGGUUCUGAUCAUUAAAGGAGCUGGAGCACCGCGGUCAGAGCCUGCCUCAAUGAAGUGUGUUAAGAAAUGUGGGAAAAGGCAUCACUUUCUAGAGGACACUGAUAUUAGUGUUCAGGAACUUUUCAGGAAAGUUGAGAAAAUGGUAGCUAAACAAAAGCUCCAGUUCUUUAUUCCAUCAGACUUCAAACAUUUUAUGGAAACUGAUUUUGAACAAUGGGAAAUGAAACAAAUUUCACAUUUUAAGAGCGUACUGGCUGAACGCAGCAAUGAGAAAGACAUAAUUAUUGAAAAACUAAAAGAAGAUUUGGGAGCUGCUCAGCAUAGAGAGCAAAAACUGAAAAAAAAGUUAGAUAUUUCUCAACACAGAGAGCAAGAACUGAGCAAGGAGCUGGAUAUUUCUCGACACAGAGAGCAUGAACUAAGAAAGGAGCUGGAUAUUUCUCGACACAGAGAGCAUAAACUAAGAAAGGAGCUGGAUAUUUCUCGACACAGAGAGCAUGAACUAAGAAAGGAGCUGGAUAUUUCUCGACACAGAGAGCAUGAACUAAGAAAGGAGCUGGAUAUUGCUCAACACAGAGAGCAUGAACUAAGAACGGAGCUGGAUACCUCUCAACACAGAGAGCAAGCACUGAAAGCACAGUUAGAUGUCUCCCAGAAAGAAAAUGAGCUUAAAAAGCAGUUUAUUUUUCAGCAAAGAAAGAUUAAUCAAACUCAAAUAAAAUGUGAGGUCAGAAAAGAGGAAUGUGAGCUAGAAAGAGACAACACAGAGCAAAAGCCACAACAUGCUGAAACAAAGAAUUGUGGAGGCAGCAAAGGAGGACCUUUUUCAAACUGCUGACGUCACCUUAAGGUGUACACAAUCUAGGAAAAAAACAAUGACAUGACAACGACAGCAACAGAGUCAUGUUCGGAAAUAAAAUCUUGAUUUCAUGUGUGAAAAACUGAUAGUAUAGGGAGUCUGUGAGAUCGCAGGUGAUAAGAGUGAACAUUUGUCCGUGUGAUUUAAAUGUGUUGUUUGUAUUGUUAAACCAAUGAAUAAAGUGAAACUGAUCAAUUUCUCAUCAAUAUUUGCAUAUAAAACAGAUUUUAAUGGUAUGGGUUCAAUUAAUGUACAUGUAAGUGUCAUAUUUUUAAUCAUGAUUACAAGUUGCAAAUCUAAUUAGAAGCUUGUUUUAUAAAAGCCAUGCCUUUUCUUUUUCCUGCUUUUUCUUUUGCACCUUUAAAGUAAUGUAAUAACUAUAUGACUUUCAUUAAAUAAUAGCAAUGGAAAAGCAUAGAGAA